AUGCGAAACGAGUUAAUCCAGCGCCAAAUCGAGAAGGAGCGUAUCAGAGAAGAAAUAAUUGCACAAGAAAUUCGUUGGAGGCAAGAGCUCGAAGCGGAAGUGAGGAGGGAGUUACUGGUGGAAAGAGAAAUGGCAAUGCGAGGGGGAGGAGGAGGAGGGGGAAGACGGAUGUCGUUUGAAGAAAGAUUGGCAAUGCGGUUUGAUUCGAGGCAGCCUCUGCUGCCGGGAACUUUUGUUAACCAAUUUGAUAGUAGCUGGCACGAAGAUCGUUUAGCAUUUCACGGUCUUGGGGUGUUUAAUAUGUUGCCGCCGGUGCCAAGGUUACCGGAGUCGGAGAUUAAACCUUCAACGGAAAAUCACAAGGAUAAAUUAAUCAUGCUGAUGAAAGAAUCUGCAACUCUGAAACUUGAUGCUGUUGUAGUUGGUCAUAAAAUUUGGGCAAAGAGACCUGAUCCAAAUCUUUGUGGAGCAAAGAGGAAGGCUGUGACACCGUCUGCAGAAGGUGCUGGUGAGCUUCCUUUUGCUGGUAUAAAGAAAAAACCGAAGGAAGAAUGGAGUUGUGCCCUAUGUCAGGUCGGUGCUACAAGUGAGAGAGGUUUAAAUGAACACCUUCAAGGAAGAAGGCACAAGGCUAAGGAAGCAGGAUUGAGAGCCCAGAAGAUGGCCAAGAAUCCCAAUAAUGCAUCAUUGCAAAAGAAAAAGGCAAAGCCAGCAAAGCUAGCAAACCUCACUGCAGGCUUAGAAAUGGGGGCAAAAAAUGAAGGUGAAUCACUUCAACAUAAUAAGAGUGAUAACAUUUCAAACAAGAUAACCGAGAAUAAAAAAGACAGAGGGAAUAAAAAUGAUGAGCUACUAGUGCAGAAAAAUCAGCAACUGGAAAACUUGAACAAAAGUGUGGCAGAAACAGUUCAGAUAAAGGGGAGGACACCAGAGAUUAGGAUGAAAAAGAAAUUUAAGUUCUGGUGCGAAAUGUGCCAGAUUGGUGCCUACUCUGAAGUGGUGAUGGAGGCUCAUAAAAAAGGGAAGAAGCACCUAGCUCGGCUUCAGGAAUCUAGUCAAAACAAUCAAGCUGUACAGGCUGAUGAGAAGUCAAAAGAUUCAGAGUUUGUAAUAGUAGGAGCAAAAUAUUCAGAUGUUGUGGCUGAAGAUACCAAAGAUUCAGAACUUGCUGCUGGCGCAGCAAAAGAUUCAGAGCUCGCCACUGGAGCAAAUACAAAGAUAACAGAAAUUGUUGUAGCUAAUGAGAAGGCAGAAACUGUUGUUGCAAAUGCAGAUGAAUCACAUCCAUCUUCUACGAUAACAAUGGACGAAGAAGGGGCAAUAAGAAUGGAGGAAGAAGGGGUGCAUCAGUGA